CGUUGAAAUUGAAAAAGUCAACAAUGAAUAUUUUUUUGUUAUUUUUCCGUUUUAAGACAUUUGUUUGCUUUGUUAUGUAAAGGAUUUGAAAUAUAAUAUAAAAUGGGCAACACUAAUCAAAAGUCACCAAUACGGAAGACGCAGUCUGUCCCUGAUACUCAGGUCCUAGAUGCAAAUGUUGAUUUUUCGAGUUCCAAAGGAAAGUCUGGCAGUACUUGGCGCCUUUUCCGUGGAAAGUCAACAAAUGCUAUAGACAAGAUGGAUGCCAAUGAAGUAGCCACAAAGAAGAAAACCCAGCCUCAGCUGGCAGUGCCCCUGGUUGAGGCAUUGUUUCUUCCCGACUUUCCUGUGAAGAGUCAAGACACAGACUUUGAUAUUGUUGACGUGAUAGCCAAAGGUGCAUAUGGAAAUGUGGUGAAGGUUCGCAAAGAAGAUGACAAACUGUACUAUGCAAUGAAGGUGUUGGACAAGAAGCAGAUUAUCGUGGAGAGUGCCAUACAGCAGUGUAAAGACGAGGCUGCCAUACAGUCAAUUUUGGGAGAUCAUCCAUUUAUCGUCAAGUGUCAUGAGUACUGGCAAUCACGUAAACAUCUUUACAUAGUCCUGGACUAUGUACCAUACGGAGACAUGUUCACUCUGUGGACGUUUCAUGGUUUUUUCCCAGAGAAAUUAGUGAAACUCUAUGUUGCAGAAAUGGCAAUGUCACUAGAUUAUCUUCAUAAGUCGGGGGUUAUUUACAGAGACAUGAAGAUGGAGAAUCUCCUGUUUGAUGCAGAAGGCCAUCUACAGUUGACAGACUUUGGCCUUGCAAAAUGGCUUGCUCGAGGUGAAAAGACAAGGACAGUCUGUGGAACACUGCAGUACAUGGCACCAGAAGUAUUAGCAGUUUACCCAUACGGACACACUGCAGACUGGUGGUCACUUGGAAUCCUGGUGUAUGCCAUGCUUGUUGGAAAGUACCCUGUUGAUGGUGCCGCGGACCAUAUUGAGAUGGCCCAGCGUGUGAUAGACUGUGAUUACUUAUGUCCCGACAUUGUCUCAGAUGCAGCUCAGGAUAUUGUCAACAAGUUGCUGAUGAAGAGCCCUGCAAAGAGACUGGUUGACCUGUAUUCCUUGCAGAAUAUGACCCUCUUUAGCCGCCUAAACUUCACUGAUGUCAUAGAGAGAAAGAUAAGUCCCCGGCAGCUGGUGGGACAAGAUUUCUUCCCCAUGACUGGCACCAGCUACAGUUUUGCACCUGGCUCUACACAUUCAAAUGACAGCUUUCAAGAUUUUGACUGUGUAUGGAACCUUCCAAAUGGAGCAGACAGACCUGUGUAUGUAUGACGUUCACUGCAUGUGUAGAGGCACAACAGCAAUAUGUAAGAGGACAAUUUCAACUGUAUGCUGGUUAUACAAGGGUCUGGAAUGUGUGUCCACCAAGCCAUAUACUGCCUGGGGGGAUCAUGCCUAACAUAUGUUAGUGACCCCAGCAUUGGCCACUGUGAUCCUCUCCUGAUAUUUAUACACCUGCUGGACAGAUGUCACAUCUGCUGUGUUAUGUACCAGUCUACCAGAACGGUUCUCUGUGUUAUGUACCAGUCAACCAUGUACUAAUCUGCCAGACUGGUUCUCUGUGUUAUGUUCCAGUCUACCAUGUACCAGUCUACCAGACUGCGUCUCUGUUUUGUACCAGUCUACCAUGUACCAGUCUACCAGAAUGGUUCUUUGUGUUAUGUACCAGUUAACCAUGUUCUUAUCUACCAGACUGGUUCUCUGUGUUAUGUAACAAUCUACUAUGUACCAGUCUACCAGACUGGUUCUCUGUAUUGUACCAGUCUAUCAUAAGCCAGUUAACCAGACUAGUUCUCUGUGUUGUAAACCAGUCUACCUGACUGGAUCUAUGUAUUGUGAACCAGAUUAGUUCUAGAAGAGAUAUGCUUUGAUGAGUGUCGGAAAGAGAGAAUAACCAGAAUCCAUGACUCAGUGAGAUGGACAAAGUGAGAUGGACAAAGAGGGGUGAUUAAGCAGAUAACAUUAUUUCUUUAACAAUGGCAUUUUCUUGUAAAAUUACUCGAUGUACAUGUAGCUUACUCGGUUAUGAAAAAUAAUGUACUCUUACAUACAAUUUUAUUAUGUGAAUCAUCUAUAGAGGUUGUGUAUUCAUUGUGAAAUGAUAAGACACAUUAAAUGCUAAUGAAUUGGUUAAUGCAAAUGAUUCUUUUAUAGAUCUGACAAUGCAUUUGUGUAGUUGAUAACUUACUCAUACAACUCUUACUCCACCAUAUAGAAGAGAAUUGUUUGUUCAGGGGUAUGCUCGCUUGUAAAUAUCCUAAAAAGAAAUUAUGUCUGCUGAUUGACUUAAAAAGUUGGGUUGAGUUUUUCAGCAUGUCGGGGCUGUUGAUCAUAUCUCAAAAAUUUAAUUAUGCUAAGGGACAUAACACUUCAUCUUAGUGUUCAUGGCUGCAAGACAGUUAGCUAACUCCAUAUGAUCCUCAAUAUAAGUUAUAGCACCUGUUUUUGACAUGCACUUAUUUCAUUAAUAAUGUAUGUUAUUCAGUGAUAUAUUACAUAUACUAAGUGGCGUAUUCAACAACAAAAAAACAGGCAAGCAUUUGGCAUUUUCACCACGGCGCUCAUGUUAACAAUUGCAUCAUUAGUUCAUCUCAAUACAAUUCUUAAAUUUUUCCUUUUUUGAAUUUACAUUUUUAUAGGUUUUACACAUUUUUUUUGGUGUUAUAUAAUAAUGAUACUUGAAUACCACGAUAGUUUUACCACAUGUUUUAAUGAAGAUGAUUUCAAAAGGACA